AUGGCUUCGUCAUCGUCAGGUCUAUCUGCUCCUCCUUCCGAACAGUCCUCCAGGGCUUCGACUCCUGGUGGCGCUGCCCUGGGUGUUGCCGAGAAGACACCAGAUGACAGCAGUAAACUCAAAACUUUCGUCGGAAUCUUGAAGAAAUUCAUUGGAGUAUCUGAUAUUGCCGCCGUUCGCUUCUCGCUGCCUGCCCAGCUGCUCGAGCCCAUCCCCAACCUCGAGUACUGGCAUUAUUUGGAUAGGCCAGAUAUAUUCGCUAGCAUUGGCGACUCGGACGAUGAGCUCGGCCGCCUGCUCGCCUGCUUGCGCUUCUGGUUCACAAAGGACCUAAAGUACGUCAAGGGCAAGCCUUGCAAGCCAUACAACUCAACUCUUGGAGAGUUCUUCAGGUGUCAAUGGGAGGUCGAAGACAACGUGCCCGUUCUCCAGGGCAACCAAGUGAAGUCCGAUACAGCUGGCAAGCCUGUCAAGGUCUCAUACCUCACUGAGCAAACAUCCCAUCACCCUCCCGUCUCAGCCUACUAUGUGGACUGUCCUCAAAAGGGUAUCUCUGCCCGCGGGUUCGACCAGAUUAGCGCAAAGUUCACUGGUACCAGCAUUCGCGUUACACCUGGCACUUUCAACCAGGGCAUUUAUGUCACUCUACACAAUUGUGCUGAUGAGACAUAUCAUCUUACCCAUCCGGCUGCAUACCUUGGUGGCUUCCUACGAGGCAACCUCAACGUCAGUGUAGCCGAUACCUGCUUUGUGACAUGCAAGAAGACCGGCCUCAAGGUCAUCCUUCACUAUCUUGAGGAAGGAUGGUUAGGCAAGACCCAGAACAAGGUUGAGGGUGUGGUCUACAAAUGCGACGUUGACAACGACAACAUCACAAGAAUCAAGGACGUCCCGGACAAGGCCAUCAUUGGCCGCAUCGAGGGUGCCUGGCAUGACAAGGUCUACUUCACCCGAGGUUCUGGUUCCGCCGCCAAGAAUCCCGACAAAACACUCUUGAUUGAUGUCAACCCUCUGUGGCCUGUCCAGAAGAUUGUUCCCCCUGCUGAGCAACAACUGCCGAAUGAAUCGCGCAAGUUCUGGAACAGUGUUACUGAAGCUAUUCUCACCAAGCAGUACAACAAGGCCACCACUGAGAAACAAGAGCUUGAGGAACGUCAACGUCAAAAAGCGGCUGAUAGGAAAGCCAGGAACGUUGAAUGGUCUCCUCGCUUCUUCACGGGCGCUACCACGCCGGCUGGCUUCCCUGAGCUCACUGAAGAGGGCAAAAAGGUCCUCGUCGGUCUGCAGAACGGUGAUUAUCAUCUUGAAGAGAGCAAAGAGACCGGUGCAUGAAAUCAAUAAACCACCCUUGGUACAUACCUUUUUUACUAGAUCAGACCGACAUUUUUUUGGACGGCACACGCUAGGCGUUUUGGCGUUGACGAACAUAUGCAGCAGGUACUCUUUUCAAUCAACGAUGGUAUCACACUUAGAGCUAUGUGGUCUCGGCUUCCCUCUCCGCAUGGCAACGUGUCAAAUCGCAAGCACUGCGCAUACGCGAGAUCCCAUCACCCUCGCCUUCCUCGUGCAAUCAUCUUAAGUAGUAUUGAAGCUGUAGAGACGAAUGAUGGAUGUUUGAUUUACUGACUCGUUCACGAACAUGGGAUAUAUGACACACUCCUCGCUAAGACACGGUCCUGUCUAGAAUUCAUUGUGAAUCCCGACCGGUCCAGACAUGGGACGGACAGAACGUAACAGCAUGUUGAAGUCAGCCCAUUGCUGAAGGGGCGACCCUGUCACUUAGUUAUACACACAACUUCUGACUAUGUAGACCAACC